CUCGGAUAGAGGCUGCCCAAGCGAGCACAGAUGGCCUGAAGCAUGCCCCGCAAGAGCGCAGCCGAGCUUAAAAAGCAGCGGCGCGCUGACCGCUGGGGCGUCGGCUCCGCGGACACGCCGCCCGUCGAGGGAGCCCCGACGCCAGCUAGGCUUUUGCAGCUAUGGAUUAACAACCACGCGACGGACAAGGCGCCCGACGGCGUCGCCUGGGGCGCCCACGUGCAAAAGUGGCGCAGCGACGGCGCCCAGGACACGCACAUCUCCGCGAUCAUCGCCGCGACGACCUUCACGAAGAACGCGACGAUCACGGCAAUAACACUGACUGAUUUACUGGAGGACUACGACCCGCCGGUCUUUGGGGUGGAGUUCACGCAUCCUGCAAACGUGCAAGAUAAUAAUGGCCUGACUCCAUUGUUAUUUGUGUUAAAAACUAUCUACGGGUGGUUGCAUUCGACCAAGUGCGCCAGGACCGCUUUACUAAGAGAGAAGAUCAAGGUCGGCCUGCUCAAAGUCCUAAAAGCGUUGAAAAGUGACAGCGACUUCCUCUACGCCGCCCCUGGAGGCGUGACAGCACUCCAUCUCGCGAUAGGCCUCGAGUACGCCUGUUUAGGGGAAGAAUGCAUUGAAUCACUCUUAGCCUGCGGCUGCGACCCCGACGCGCCCCUCGAUGAGAGUGGAGAUCGACCGGUCCACCUGGCGGCGCGCCACAACCCGAACGCGUUGAAGCCGCUCCUGCAAGGUGUGACGUUCGUGCGAAGGCCGGGAGAUGAGUCGGACGAACCCGAACCCGAGGCGUCGUUGGCAACGCCCAAUUCACGGAACUUCAAGGGUGAAUCUCCCUUAGAUAUCGCCGUGCGGAUGCGCUACGUGUCCUCCGUGGCUUUAUUGUUGCAAGGCGGCGCCGACCCGAACGUGCUCGAUGCCGACGGGGACACGCCGCUCGCGAAGGCGGAGUACGACCAGAUCAACUUUGGUGGAUGGGCGAUCUCCACUUUAUUAAAAGAUCAUGGGGCGUUGGCACUGAUCCCGGAAGAACCAUAUGAUGAAGAUCACUGGACCUCGCACUGGGAGAAGUGCUGUACCAGGGCGUCGGACCGGGGUUUGGAUGACGACGUCGAGGAGUCCGUGCUCGAGCCGCUCCCUCCCGACGUCGCGCGGCGGCGGCACACGAUACGGUAGUAGUAAAAAACAAGUGUGUACACACGA